UGAUCCCUCGCUCAUCAGUCCUCGCCGUCUUUCGCUUCCGCAUACGAGCUCUGUCCAAAGCAGAUACAGCUUCGGAUCACCAUCGCUACCUCACUUAAUCCUUAGUAAUACCUAAUAUCAACAUGAGGUCUUUCGCCGUCGCUGCCUUUGCGGCCGUCGCCGUUGCUCUGCCCCAGGGCGUCACCGAGAUCAUCGAGCCAUCAGGCACUGCCCCCGAGGGCUGUCAGCCAACCUACGCCGGAUCAUUCAACCUCGGUGUUGUUCAAGUCGCCGGAGAUGUCCAGAAGCGUCAACUCGCCGGUACUCUUACCGUGACCCUCGCAGACGGUGUCCUAAAGGACCAGGCUGGUCGCCAGGCCUACAUUGCGUCCAACUACCAAUUCCAGUUUGAUGCUCCUCCCCAAGCUGGUGCUCUCAGCACUGCUGGUUACUCCGUCUGUGGCAACCAGUCUCUUGCUCUCGGCGGCACCACUGUCUUCUGGCAGUGCGACUCUGGCAACCUGAUCAACCUCUACGACCGCGACUGGGCGCCUCAGUGCGAACCUAUCCACCUCCAGGCUCAACGACCUGCCGGUGCGCCUGCCCCCGGCGAGACCGUCAUCAACACCAUCGUUUCUCAGAUUCCCGACGGCCAGCCUCAACCCGCACCCGUCACCCAGAUCGGUGACGGUCAACCCCAGGCCCCUACCGGUCCCAUCCCCGUCAUCACCCAGAUCUCCGACGGCCAACCUCAAGCCCCAUCCGCCCCAGUCAUUACUCAAAUCUCAGACGGUCAGCCCCAAGCUCCCGCUGCACCAGCCAUCACCCAGAUCUCAGACGGCCAGCCUCAAGCCCCACCCGCUCCCGUCAUCACCCAGAUCUCCGAUGGCCAGCCCCAAGCUCCCGUCAUCACUCAGAUCUCAGACGGCCAGCCCCAGGCACCGUCUGCCCCAGUCAUCACCCAGAUCUCUGUUGUCAUGUUGUAAGUACCCUUUUCACGGGUAGAACUGUGAAUGGUGGUGCAUAGGCAUGCUGGCAUGACGAAGGGGAAACGGUACAUGGGAUCUCUUCUCGAACGGACGAGGGUUAUGAUGACUUUGUUUAAUGACGCGGGUCUGGUUUACUCCUCCUUGACGACGAUGAUGAUGUUGGCGGCGCGUGGCAUACCGGUCCCAGUGUGGGUGUGUGUGCGUGUGCACA